CUUGACGCACGUUCAUUCCUCACCGUCUGAAGGAACCCUAAAACAGUCACUUGUCGUAUUUUGAAAAUUUCGCCGCCACUAUCCGCCAUGUUUGUAGAGUUGGUUAGUGGAUGAUAAUAUUGGAAUGUUGAGAAUAUAUGUUAAAGUAAAACAAUUCUUACUAUCAAUAUGACUGCGAGAUUGAAACAUAUCGAGGUGGAAAAUUUCAAGUCCUACAAAGGACGGAAAGUAAUAGGACCUCUUAAAUCAUUUAAUGCUGUUAUUGGCCCAAAUGGAUCAGGAAAAUCAAAUUUUAUGGAUGCUAUCAGUUUUGUUAUGGGUGAAAAGACACAAAGCUUGAGAGUAAAAAGAUUGAGUGACUUAAUUCAUGGUGCUGCAAUUAGUAGACCUGUCUCUAGAAGUGCCUCAGUAUGUGCUGUAUUUGAUGUUGAUGGAACGGAAAUGACUUUUCAGAGAUCUGUUCAAGGUUCAUCAUCAGAAUACAGGAUCAAUGGCAAUGUUAUUUCUUCAAAUGAGUAUCUUUCUGAACUAGAAAAAUUAAAAAUUAAUGUUAAAGCUAAGAAUUUUUUGGUAUUCCAAGGAGCUGUAGAAUCAGUAGCUAUGAAGAAUCCCAAAGAAAUGACUGCUUUGUUUGAAGAAAUUAGUGGAUCCGGUGCCCUCAAGGAGGAAUAUUCCAAAUUUCAACAUGAAAUGCUGAAAGCUCAGGAGGAACUUAAUUGUGCUUAUCAGAAGAAGAAAGGAAUUAAUGCAGAGAAAAAAGAAGCAAGAUUAGAAAAGGAGGAAGCUGAUAAAUAUGCUCGACUCAAAGAUGAUCUGAACGAUAAAUUGACUGAACAUCAACUAUUUCGACUAUUUCACAACGAACGCGAAAUGAAAAAUUUGGAACAAGACCUCAAAUCGAAACAAAAAGAGGUGGACAAGAUAGAAAAGAAAAAGGAGAAGUUAGAAGAUGUUCUAAAAGAAAAGAAAAAAGAACAUGGUAAAUGUAACAGAGAAUUGGCAAAAAUUGAACAAGAUAUAAGAGAAGUGGAAGUAGAAAUUUCUAAAAAGAAACCUCAAUUUAUAAAAGCCAAAGAACGUGUCAGUCACAUGCAAAAAAAACUUGAUGGUGCAAUUAAGACUCUUGAUCAGGCUAGGAAAGCGCACGAUGCUCAUAUGGACGAUAUUAAAAAAUUGGAAGAUGAAUUGGCAAGUGUAGAAAAGAAAAAGGAAGAAUAUGAAAUGCAAAUUGCCGGAGAAUCGCAAAGUCAAGGAAGAGAUGUUCAUCUGGAAGAUGCGCAGGUUAGAGAAUACCAUCAUCUGAAAGAAGAAGCAGCAAAGAGAUCAGCUAGAUACAUGCAAGAAUUGGAUUCUGUUAACAGAGAACAAAAGGCCGACCAAGACCGUUUAGAUAAUGUGUCAAGAAGUAGGACAGAUGCAGAAAAUAAACAUAGACAAAAACUACAUGAAAAAGAAGAAAUGGAAAAGAGAAUAGAAAAACUUGCUGAACAUAUAAGAUCAAUGGAACAAGCUUUACAAGAUCAAAGACAACUCAGAGAGGAUUUACAAUCUGAUGUUGGUUUCUCGAAAGAUAGAGUACAUGAAAUUCAAAACCAGUUGGAUGAUGUAGUGGAGCAACUUGGUGAUGCUAGAACAGAUAAACAUGAGGAUGCAAAAAGAAAGAAAAAAGAAGAAAUUGUAGAAAGGUUCAAAAGUAACUAUCCAGGAGUAUAUGACCGAAUGCUUAACAUGUGUCACCCAAUACACAAACGCUACAAUGUCGCUAUAACCAAAAAUUUAGGCAAAUAUAUGGAUGCCAUUGUGGUAGAUACAGAACAUACCGGUAGACAAUGCAUCAAAUAUUUGAAGGAACAGAUGCUGGAACCAGAAACAUUUCUUCCUCUGGAUUAUCUUCAGACGAAACCGAUUAAAGAAAGGUUGAGAAAUAUCACUGAGCCCAAAGGCGUGAAACUAAUUUAUGACGUACUUCAAUUUGAGCCUCAAGCUAUCACGAAGGCAGUAAUGUUUGCCACUAACAAUGCUCUUGUUUGUGAAACUCCAGAGGAUGCUAUGAAAGUUGCUUAUGAACUGGGAGGAAGAUUGGAUGCAGUUGCUUUAGAUGGUACUUAUUAUCAAAAAUCUGGAAUUAUAUCAGGAGGAAGUUUAGAUCUUGCCAGAAAGGCUAAACGAUGGGAUGAGAAACAUAUGGCACAGUUAAAAGCUCAAAAGGAGAAAUUAACUGAGGAGUUGCGUGAGGCUAUGAAAAAAUCUCGCAAAGAAUCUGAACUGAAUACAGUGGAUUCUCAAAUACGUGGACUCGAAAAUCGAUUAAGAUAUGCCAAAACUGACAUGGACAGCACAAAAAAACAAAUAAGUUUAGUAGACAGAGAAUUGGCGCAUCUCAAUGAAGAAAUGAAAAAGUAUUGUCCACAAAUCGAGGCAAUCGAGAAAUUGAUGCACACCCGAGAACAGCAAAUUGAAGAAAUCAAAUUGAAGAUGAAUAGUGUUGAAGAUGUCGUAUUCUCUGAUUUUUGCCGUGAAAUCGGCGUUAAAAACAUAAGACAAUAUGAAGAUAGAGAGUUGAGGGCUCAAGAAGAAAGGAAGAAAAAAAGAUUAGAAUUUGAAAAACAAAUCAAUAGAAUCACUAGUAAUUUGGAUUUUGAAAGAAGUAGAGAUACACAAAAUAAUGUAAGCCGUUGGGAACGUAGUGUAAAUGAUGAAGAAGAAAAACUGGAAACAUGCAAGAAACAAGAAGCUAAACAAAGAGAUGAAAUUGAUAAAGAUUUACAACAAGUGGAACAGUUAAAAGCGGCUCGAUUAAAUAAGAAACAAGAAGUGGAAGCUGCUGAUGAAGAAGUCGGGAAAGCUCGAAGAGAAGUAGGAGCGAUGGCUAAAGAUGUACAAGCUGCUCAAAAAGCUGUAGUAUCUUUGGAAGGAAAAAUUGAGGGAAAGAAGAGUGAACGGCAUACCAUUCUAAUGCAAUGUAAGAUGGAUGACAUUGCUAUACCUAUGAUAGUAGGAAAUAUGGAAGAUAUUGCUGCUGCGGAUCCUUCCCAAUCUUCUUCGGGUGCCGAUACAAGUAGUAGUGCCCAACAACAUGAAAAAGAGGCCAGAAUUAAAAUCGAUUAUAGCAGUUUAAAUGAAAACCUCAAAGAUCUUGAAGAAAAAGAUGAAAUAAAAAAACAAGCUGACAAGCUUCUAAAAUCAAUACAUCAAUUGCAAGAUACCCUUACGAAAAUUCAAGCUCCAAAUAUGAAAGCUAUUGAAAAACUGCAGUUGGCUUGUGGUAAACUGCAAUCAACAAAUGAAGAAUUUGAGAAUUUGAGAAAACAGAAUAAGAAAGCAAAAGCUGGCUUUGAAAGAAUUAAGCAACAGAGAUAUGAAAGGUUCACCAAAUGUUUUGAUCAUGUUUCCAAUGAAAUUGAUGGAAUUUACAAAUCCUUGGCUCAGAAUCAAUCUGCACAAGCCUUUUUAGGUGCUGAAAACCCUGAAGAACCAUAUUUGGAUGGUAUAAAUUACAAUUGUGUUGCCCCUGGGAAACGUUUCCAACCUAUGUCCAAUUUAUCAGGAGGUGAAAAAACUGUAGCUGCACUCGCUUUACUUUUCGCCAUUCACAGUUAUCAACCGGCACCAUUCUUUGUAUUGGACGAAGUAGACGCAGCUUUGGAUAAUACUAAUAUAGGAAAAGUUGCCAGAUAUAUUAGAGAAAAAACGGAAUCACUACAAACGAUUGUUAUUUCUUUAAAAGAGGAGUUUUAUUCACAUGCUGAUGCGUUGAUUGGUAUUUGUCCUGAGAUUAAGCCUGCCGAUUGUUUAGUUAGCCAAGUAUUAACGUGCGAUUUAACAAAGUAUGAAGAUUUUUGACAGCAUAAGCCAGAGAAUAUCCAAAAAACUAAAUAGUUUCCAUUUAGUUUUUCGUUCGUACUUGAAUUAAUAAAAUCAUCUGUGGACUAAUAUUUUAAGAGUAAAUAUUUUUCAACGGAGUUUAUUUCAGUUCUAAAUUGUCAAAUUUAUAAAUGUUUAUUUGAGAGGUAAGGAAGUUGUGUUUAGAAUAUAGAUUUUUUACUGUAUUAAUAUCAUUAAAAGGAUAUAAAUAAAGGUUUUUUUGAAAAUUUUU